AUGGCGGCCAUGGGCAUGAAGAAGGGUCUGCUGGUGCUGACUCUUGGGCUCGCCAUGGCCGCUACCUCGUCGGCCGUCAUCUACAAGGUCGGCGACACCUCCGGGUGGACGAUCCUCGGCAACGUCAACUACACCGACUGGACUUCCAAGAAGAACUUCCAUGUUGGAGACACCAUAGGCAAGUUCUGUCUUCGCCUUCCCCAAAAGUUCACGUACCCCCCGGGCAUCCACAACGUGCUGGAGGUGAAGAAGGCCGACUACGACAGCUGCACCAACUCGACGCCGAUCGCCACGCACACCUCCGGCGACGACAAGAUCGUCAUCAAGAGCCCCGGCCACCGCUUCUUCAUCUGCGGCGUGCCCGGCCACUGCGCCGCGGGCCAGAAGCUCAACAUCCGCGUCCUCAAGACACGCUCCUCUGACGCCCCUUCCCCGGCGCCCGCCACCGCGCGCUCAGGCUCGGCGGCGUCCCCCAGCCCCAGCACCGAGCCGAGCGGCGCCUCGGCGCCGCCGCCCGCGUCGUCCACGGACAGCACGCCCGACGCGACGGCCACCACCGCGCCCGCGCCCAAUGCCAACGGCGCGGGGGUCAGUGCAGGCCACCGGGCCGUCGUCGCUGCCAUGGCGCUGGCGGCGGUCGCCUCCAUGGCGAUGCUGCACUAG